AUGAGAGUCUCGUCCCGAUUGCUUGCAGAGGCCUCGCGCUUCCUCACCCCUGGCGCUCCUACUGGUCUUACGGGUGUCUUGACACAUGCCGCCCCACGCUCCACCCUCCUCUACCUCUACAACUCGACUCUGGACAAGCUGAAGCAAUUCCCCGAGCACUCCGUCUACCGCCAAUCCGUCGAGGCCCUCACCAAGCACCGUCUGUCAAUUGUCGAGUCUGUCAAGCCUGAGGGUCUGGAGGAAUGGCAAUCGCGCGUCCAGGCCGUUGUCCAGGCUCACCCCAACGCCUUCCGCUCGGUCGCAUCAUCAAGCAACAAGAACGAGGUCAACAUCGUCUACAACGAGACUGCCCUCAAGGGUAUGGAGUCCGAGGACUACGAGGAUGAGCCCAUCCAAAAGCAAGAGCCCGAAGGUCCCAGAGUCCACUCAGAGAAGUCGCACCAGGGCGAGUCCUUCAUGGCAGACCCCAACGCAGACAACGAGAUGAUUCCUCGCAUUGAGCCGGAGCCUCCUCUUACCACCGAGCAGGUCAACACCAUUGAGCAACAAAUUCAGGCUGGCCUGAUCGAGGAGAUCAUCUUGGUCGCAGAGGCCGAGAAGAGCCUUGCCGACGAGAUGUUCAACAGCAAGGUUUGGGAGGACCUCGAAGAGUCCCCAAACCAGGGCCAAUGGGCUUACUACGAGCGCGACACCCACGUCCCCAAGACCCAGGCACCGUAG